UUUAUGACAAGGGAACGGUAGGUCCCAGCUGAGUGGGACUGGCCACACAUCAUGUUACUGACGCGUUUACGUCAUCAAAACAAGAAGUCCUUGACGCUGUGUGCUGUGAGAGGAAUCGUGCAUGCGACCUCUUAUUGCCUCCAAAUUAAGUUUAGGCUCGGCGUCGAAGAGGAAGUGAGCGGUGAAAUCUGUCAUCUCCAGCAGGCGGUGUCCAACGAUGACCACAUGCUUCUACUGGAGCUGCUCUCUCAAGAACGCUACCGGCGGGUCAUCAACCACCGGAGCGGCUGGGGCGUGCCGGGGACGCCCCUGCGCAUGGCUGCCUCCAAGGGCCACCUGCGCUGCCUGGAGGUGCUGCUAGCGCACGGGGCCGAGGUGGACUGCCUGGACGUCAAGGCCCAGACGCCUCUCUUCACCGCCGUGUGCGGACGCUACCUCAGCUGUGUGCUUGCCCUGUUGCGCGCCGGCGCAGACCCCAACGGCUGCCCCACUAACAACAGCUCCCCCGUGCUGACCGCGGCCCGCGAGGGGGACCCCGAGAUCCUGCGGCAGCUGCUCCACCACGGGGCCGACGUCAACGCCAGGUCCAAGGUGGCCCUGUGGUCCUCGGGCGUGGCCGUGUGCAGCGGCCCCCUUUACCUGUCCGCCGUGUACGGGCACAUAGACUGCUUUCGGGUGCUGCUGUUGUACGGCGCCGACCCGGACUAUAACUACAAUCUUCCCGGUGAGAGGCAGCCCUCCACCGGGAAGCAGCCCAAGACUGUGAUCGAAACGUGCCUGAGGCACGGCUGCGGAGUGGAGUAUGUGCAGCUGCUCAUCGACUUUGGGGCCAACGUGUACCUGCCCACCCUGAUCAUAGAGAAGAGCACCAAGCAGAACGAGGCAGUGGAGCUGCUGAUUAAAGAGAGAGGGUCUCCGAAAUCUCUGACCUCGCAGUGCCGAUUGGCCAUCCGGAGGCAUCUGAGGACUGUCAACACGAUCGACUCCAUUGACAGUCUGGACUUGCCACCAUGCCUGAUUAAUUAUCUCAAACACAUACCCAACAAUGUGAUCCUCUGACUGUGCUUGUAGCAGCUGGUGCCUUUCAAAACGUAGUAUUUCAUGCUGUUUACAGAAAGGAAAAAUAAAACAACUAUUUAACUGCAAAUUAAUCAAAGCGCUAUUACUGUAAUGGACUUUUUGAAUUAAUACAUGUAUGUAAAAGAAAAGUGUUGGACGCUUUUUACUUUUGCUGGUAUUAUUUGUUUAUGUCUGAGUGUAUAGCAUUAUGUUUAUGGAGCCAAUAAUGUUGGAAACAUUUGAAGGUCCUGUGUCGUUUUUUUGAAUUGUAGGUUUUAAGUUUGGAACUCCAUGGAAUAAACCUGUCCAUAGGAUAUCUA